AAGCAAAGUUCAACAUAAAGUGCAGCAUAAAGCAGAGUUCAACAUAACGUGCACCUAGUUGGUUGAUUACAACACCUCGCUGAACUCCACCGAUUUUUGGAAAGCAGAACUCGAUAAGCCCUUCACUUCAUUCUCUCUGAUUUACUGGUCUCAUGGUAUUCCAGCUUCUGCCAGAAGAGGCGUCGCGGUGUUAACAAAUGCCGGCGCUUAUGCGCAAUUUUAGUCCCACGCUUAGGAUGUUGCGGUAAUGACAAUGUGACAAAUUAAAUGGGAGACAGAUAAAGUUUUUCUGAACCACAUGUUCCUGUGGUAAAUCAAUAAAAAAUGGUUCGAGUUUUGUGUUUUGUUCUUUUGUGCUUCCAUUAUGCUGUACGUACUUUAUCGUUUCAGGUGGAUGUUGACUACGAUGGUUUAAUUAAAAUUAAAUUACAACAUGCGUUAGAUCACGUUCCAAAUCCUGAUUUCCAUGACCGAGGUACUGUAUUUGUUUAUAGUAUUCGGUCAGGUUCUGUGUCAUUGGAGCAGCCACCACUCUCGGUUUCUGAUCGAGAAAAAUUGUUGAAGCUUUCAGAGAAAGGUGGCAUAUAUAGACUUCAUUCCUCUGUGCAAAGUGCUGAUGGAAAAGAAACAUCUUUUUUAACUUUUGUUAAAGCAUGUUCGCUAGUGGAAUCUCAUUUGUCAGACAUUUUGUCAGUGUCACUAGACCAUACGGGUUCUGUAAUAGGAGUGUCUAUGAUGACAUCACCAGGUGUUUGCGAAGGACAAUUGGUGACAAAAGAUGACAUUCGACUUUUCAACACUACAGUAUUUGUGAAGCAUAUGGAACAAGGGCCUGUACCUGAUACUGCUGCCUACAUUCAAAAAUUGGAACGGGAGAAAGAAGCUCGUGAGCGUGGGGAAACAAAAGAUAAUCGUUCAUUCCUUGCCAAAUAUUGGAUGUACAUAGUUCCAUUGGUGAUAUUUCUUGUGCUGUCUGGGGCAGCUAAUCCAGAGGGGGCAGCGGGUGGCGGAGGUGGGGGUGGAGGCCGGUAGAGCUUCCUCUUCUCCCACCCGCACGUGCACACUAACCUAACCUCACGCUUUGGAUCAGUGGCUAUAUUACUGACUGAUUGCACGAUUAGCAGGUGGUAUUGUUAAAACAAAACGGUGAUAUAAAACAGGAUUGUUUUGUUGUUUUUAAUUCUUUACGAGUUUGGUGCCUUUGCACUGCUUGACCCUGCGCCAAACUUUGCUUGAACAUGCGCCAAAGAGAAGAUUAAAGUAAAGUAAAAUCGUUAAUUUUGUUUUGUACUAAAAGUAAAAGAAUAUUGCUGUAUUAAAAUACUCCUACAGUUGUGACUUUGUUCUGAUAAUAUGGUGAUUUAGAAAGCUUAUGUUGCCGUAUUUACAAAGAUAUCUUGUCAGGUUUCUAGAAUUAUGAUUUUCUUGUUGUAGUCCUUUACAUUUCUAGUGUGCUGAUACAAUUAAUGUGAUAUAUGAAUAUGUUUUACCAAUGUUAACUGAAUAAAUAUUCUGUAUUGUUUACUAUAAAGUCUCCGAUCUCACAAGUAGCUACCAGUUUUGUGUUUGUGCAUUUUUGUAACACUUUUGUUAGGUUAUUUUCUCUUUGAAAGAGAAUUCUCAGGAUUUUGUGUAGUUUCUUUGAGCUACCCUGAUCCUGGGUUCAGUAUCGAGGUUUUUUAUUUCAUGUCCGCAAUUAAAUUCUUUUUAUUAUUAUUAGGUAGAGGUGUUGAUGUUAUUUGUCACAGUAAACAUGACCAUGAAUGCUCAUAAAACAUACUAUUUUGUGAGGCAGCCCACCUUAGAUAUACAUGUAGAUUAGAACAGAUUUAUUGGUGUGGAUUAUGGUGUGGGUGGGUAUUGUUAAAUAUUGUAUAACUAUAGUGGUUGAUUUCUCAAAUUGUAACAUAUAAAAUUCUUGCUCAACAAAAGUCAUUUCGCAAAUUUUUAUUUGAAUUUUUUGUUUUAAUAUUCUAUGGUUCAGUCUUUGUUUUUAGUCAUAUUAAUUAAUUUUGUGGUAUGAAAUCAAGGGGUAACUUAAUUUUCACCCACUGGUCUUCAUUGUUAGUCUUGAAUAUUUUAAAUGCAUUAUUUGUGAAAGUCAAAUUAGAUGACUAUAGUAGAAUGAAUUUAUUUAUAUUUAUUAGUACAUGGAUAUUAUAGUAUGCCUUGAAAAUAAAUGCAUGACAAAACUAAUAAAAUAUCUUAAUCUUCAAUCAUUUUCAUUUAAUAUUUGGCAGAAGUUUCUCUUCUGUGAAAUUAAAUUUGACAAUGUGUCGUUUAUGUUUUUAUGUGUGGCAAUUAUUUUUAUUUCCUCAAUUUUUUAAAUAACCCAUUCUCGCAGUUCAACUUUUGCUUCUUGCUUAAACAAUAGUCAGUGUUUUUAACUAGGGAGAAAUCUGCUUCAUCAUUGGACACACUUUAUCAUUGGUAAAUCACAGGCAGUUAAGACACAUUACGGCAGUUUGAAGAUCAACGAGACAAAUCAUUCUUUCAUCAUUAGAAUUAUUGGGAGGAUAAAAAGUUUCAAUUGAGUAAUAUUAUAGUGGUUAUUCAUUUUUAAUGGGUCCCAAAACUUUUCAAGGGGAGGGCCACACCCCCAUUCCUGACAGCGGCUGCUGGCUGAAGCGAUUAUUACUCAGCACACUUGUGUUUACAUGAAAUGAAUUGGAAGACAAUAAUUCUUGAAUGUCAAAAAAAUUAUGAGAAUAAAAAUUAAUAAUAGAUAUAAAAUUUUGUUUAUUUCAGGAGAUACACAUGUGCAUUUUUUAAAAUUCAAGAACAAAUUUAACAUAUUUAGAAUGUAAUGUUUCAAAUGAAUUUUAAUUUAUUUUAAUGAGACUUUUUAUUUGUAAGAGUUUUCUCGUACAUUUUCCUAGUGUGUUAGAGGCUUCUGAAAUAUGGCUCAUUAUUCAGGAAUAAUUGAAAGUAGGCACACAUAAUGUCAGAAUGAAUUUCAUGAAGGUGGUAAUAUGAUUUUGUCAAAACCCCUUCUGUGUUUGAAUUAUUCACGCUCCAUACCCAGUCUUUAAAUGAGCAACAUGCUCCAGUUCCACCAUCAUCAUCUUCCUUCAAGUCUUCUUGUCAUCAUUGCCCCUGAUUUUUUCCACCACUCUCUUCAGGAGAUCCUGGUCUGAAAGUAAAGUGGGCUGGAUGAAAUCCUAUCUGGAACUGAAUCUAACACAUAAGCUAUAGUUUUGAGACCUCUCAUUUUUAAUAGUUGCAUUUAGAAUGUGUUGACAUAAAUGACAAAAUUCAUAAUUUCUGUAUAUAGAAAGUUCUAUCAAAGAUGAGAAAUUGGUCAACACUGUUGACCUUAUAGCUGAAGAGUAAUCAAGAGUCAAGUAUCUGGCUUAAAGCUCCUUCCUUAGAAUUAGGACUAGAUUCUUGUAACAUCAUUAGUUUUAAAGUAAACAGUAAAAUAUCAUUAAGGUAUGUUUGAACUAUACUUUUAUCAGUUUAUUAGGUAUUAUUACAUUUAGUUCAUUAUCAACCCUUCUUGCCAGAGAUAUAGAAUUAAGAGCUAAGUGUUCUGCCUGAGAAGUCUUUCUUUCCCAUCCCUUCUCUCUGCCCACUGGCGGAUCCAGGGAGGGGGUUUGUACACCCUCCUCCCAAAUGACCUAGAGUUUUUGUUUACCUACCUUUAUUUGGCAAAAUUGAUUUAAAUAUUUAUGUGUGAAUUAUUUAAACAAUAUUUUAUAGUAUCAUAUCUUCAGUACAUAAAUGACAUUCAAUAUAACAUCAUAUAUGUUUAUUAUUUAACAAAAAGUGUGCCCCGAAUGAACAGCUGGAUCCACCCUUGUCGCUGCAUGAAUAUAGUAAGUUGUUCAGUUGGCAGAAGUCUCAUCAUAAUGUAGUUCAACUAUAUUUCAAUGUUGGCUAUGUCAGCUUGUGGUGUCUUAACCAUGGGGCAUUUUGGGAAAUGCACUUUAUUGCACUUCAGUGUGGAACUUUACUUACUGCACAUGUAAAUGUUCUCUGUAUUUUGUAUGACUCCAUAUUCCUUGUGAAAGACAAAUAUGUAUUGAUGAGUUUAACACCCUUUCCACUUUUCAUUGUCUUGGAAUUUAUUUUAAAUUACAUGUAUUUGAGUAGUGUUUAUUUGUGUUGUGUAUUUUGGAGUCAUACUAUUUGGUUUGUGACAAUUUUUUGUUUUAUAAGAAAUUAAUGAGGUAAAUUUGGGAUGUAGAGCUUUAUGAGAAAGAGGUUGUGAAUAUACUGUGUCACAAUGCAAAUUAUUAGCUUUAAUAGUUAUGGGAAUUAAAAAUGUUUGAAGUGUUGGAGUCUUUCCUAUUGAAAAAUUUUGUGUCAACUAAUUUUAGAAAGACAGUUGCAAUUGUAGUGAGAUUUCUAAUAAUAUUAAUGUCAUAAAUAA